GCAAGGAGCCCGUCACAAGAGAGGAGAAAUGACACAGCGAAAGCAGUCAAGUCCAGCGCUGCAUCUAUGAACCGUACAGAGUCUCCAAGACUUGCUCCCACAGUGCGGAAGAUUGGAAACAGUCUGAGCGACUUACCGAGGUCGUCACUGAAUGGCACAGCGGUACAAAUGCAUGAUGGGAAGGAAAACCACGAAGUGGAUGAGCAACGAAGAAACUCUUGGAGCAACGGAAUUCCGAAGAUCAAAGAAAAGCUAAGUGCCAGGAGUACGUUCAAUGGGAAGACCCUGGCGAGAAAAAAUUCCGAGAAGAAAACCGUCGGCUCGGUCAUAUCAGCUCUGACCGGAAGGGGCAUCAGGCGCAGCAGCUCCAAGGUAGUGCCGGCAACCAGAGAAGCCAAGAGGGACAGUGCAGCACAAACCCCAAUGAGUGCGGAGGGUUCCUCAGUAGACCAAUCCGUUCAAAAGGACAGCAGUUGAAUCGCGAUAAAUGAGCGUACGUUUGUGAAGGCUCCUAUAAAUCAUCGAGCUUUUCCACAUUGGAAAGGAUCAGAUAAGAAAAUAGCCGUCUAUUUUUCACUCGUUGUGUACAUAGUUCAGAAGGCACCUGGGGCCUAUAAAUAUAGGUCACACAUUCCAUCUUCUUUGCUUUCUACAGUUCAAUGUAAAUAAAAACGCA